AUGCAUCAAGAUCCCAAUGACACUAUGCAGUCAGAUAUACCCCCCACGCAACCUAUCGUGGAACCAGACCCCAAGCAUCCAUCCCAGCCCUCAACACGCACCCCAGAAGCCAUGGAGCAGACAUCCGAGUCCCCUAAACGCACCCCAAAAGCCAUGGAGCAGCCAGCUGAGCCCCCCAAGCGCACCUCAGAAGCGACAGGACGAACUUCAGAAGCCAUAAAGCCCAGUUCACAUCCCGCAAAGCCCACCUCCUCAACGUUGAACGACUCACCCUUCACACCACUGUCGAUGCGAGCUCUCUACUACACCCCAGACGGAUUAGACAGCGAGACACCCGACGGAAUCCCAGAAGGAGAAAUCAGCGAAGCCAUUUCACCCGACACAAGCACAACCAUUAUCCGCCAGAAAGGAACAAACCUCGUCUUCGACGCUGGUUUCCCAACCCCACAGCCCUCCGCUCAGCAAUACCUGCUGAAGAUCACCACAGCCGCCUUUUGUCACGACGAGAUCCGUCUCGCCAAACUCCUCAACCCCCCAAACACCACGCCGCAGAUUCCACUCCACAGUCUUUGCGGGACAGUCAUCAGCACGCCGCGCGAAGAUGACGAGCGGGAAGAAGGCCCCAAAUUCAAAAUUGGAGAUAUAGUCUUCGGCGUAGUGAGCUAUACUCGUGACGGCGGAGCUGCAGACUAUGCAAUCGCGACCGAGGGCGAACUGGCACUGAAACCAGACAAUAUCACUGUUGCUGGGGCAGCGGCGCUUGCGUUGCCGGCGUUGACAGCCUGGCAGGCGCUUUUCCGGUAUGCUGGGCUUGAUCCCGAUGUGCCUGGCGGACUGAGCGAGGUGGAUGAUGAGUUUGGGAACGGUGGGAAUAGGGUGGGACGGUGGCUCUGGCAGCGUCAACAACGCCGUGAGUCCGUGCUAGGUAGCAAGGAUUAUGGCUACGGACACCGCAAAAGCACAGUCUCUGGUAACGGCGGCAUGCUGAAUAAUACUACCAGUAGGACUGGCAGCAGAUCUGAGAACGGGCGUUGGGUUUGGCAGUGGAAUCGCCCCGGCUCUACACCCAACGGCAAUGGCUCUGGCACGACCAGUGGCAAUGGUGACGACAUUGACAACAUCCCUCCUGCUGCUAAAGCAGUCAAUCCCAAUGUCAAUCCUAAGAAUGUGCGUCGCGAGAGCCUAAUCAGUCUCGUUAGCGGUAAUCCCAGUGGUAACAGAACCAUGCCUCGCGCUGCCAGCACAAUCGACCCUAAUCCCAAGAGUACUGUCCGCCGCAAUAGUUUGAUCGGUCUGAUCAAAGGCAACACCGACGCGCCAACCACUCGCGCUGCCAGCACAGUCGAUCCAUCUAGCGGUGCCGAAGCCAAUGGAAAUUCGCGCCGCGCCAGCCUGGUCGAUCGAGUCACCGGCAACGGUAGCUCUGGACGGCGCAGUAGCCUGCUAGGAAGUAUAAUUGGUAGCACGAAUUCCAAUGGCAACGGGAACAAAAAACCGCCCAAGAUCCGAGUGCUCGUCACUAACGCCCGUGACAAUGAUAUCGGCCGGAUCGCGGUGCAGAUCCUGCGAGCUGAUUCGCUCUUCCCCAAGCCCGUCCGGCCAUGGAUCUGUGUAACCUGCACGCAAGUUGAAGCCGAAAUUAUUGAGAAGGACUGGGAAGUGGACGAGAUAGUCAUCAUCCCGCACCUCCCAUCGCCAGAGGAGUGUAAUAUCGAGAAGGUGUUCCGCACACGCCGCUGGGAGCCCGUUGAUAUUGUGCUCGACUGUGCCGGCGGCGAAGUAUUCCGAGCCGGUCAUGCUGCUGGUGUGGUUAAGGACUACGGGGCUGUGUUGACUGUUGUGGAUGGCCAAGUUGCGCAACAGUCUCCGCUUGUUCCUGAGAAUGAUGUGCUGGGUGAGAAGAAGCGUGGAAUUAAGAGUCGGUUUGUGCCUGUUAAUCCUGAUGGGCCGGCUAUGGAGCGGAUUGCGGAGUUGGUGGAGGAGAGUCUAGUGCGUGGGAGGGAGAAUACAAUUGUUGAUAUAGCGCGUGCGGCUGAUCUUUUGGCUUCUGGGGCUGCUGGGACGGCGGGGAGUCGGCGUGGUGGGAUGGUGGUUGUUAGGGUUAAUAACAUUGCCAAUACUUAG